UUAUCCAGUCUGGCGAUGGUGGCUUUGCUGCCUGCCAGGGGACUGCGCCAAAGAUUUGUGCGCGCAGCGAUUUCAAUGCGCGAUUUCUUCCUCCAGUGAUCGAUGCUCGCUCCUCUGACCGGCGGCGCCGCGAAGAACAGGCUCUCUGGCGCGGUCGUGCGACGGGAACAGGGGAUUCGGGGAUUCGCGGUCGCGAUUUUGGUAGGGUUUGUGUUCUGUGCAUGCGGUGGUUCCCACGAGCGAAAUUUCGGAGAUUUGGCUCCGGAUUGCUCGGAUUUGUAGCCUAGCUCGCGAGCGAUGGAGGCGCCGCAUCCUUCAGCUCAUCACAGCAAUCGGCAUGAAGGGAAGCGGGACUGGUUUGGAUUGUUCUCGAGCUUCCGGCACGUCUCCAAGCAUCAUGAGGACUCUCUCAGCCUCUCCAGCACUCCUUCCCCUGACGGAGGCCUACAAUGCCUUGGAAAUCGUGGCGGAGACGAGAAGCUCGAAGACAUCGUGGAGAAUAGGAAUUGGACGGCGAUCCAGCCGUCUGGAUUCCGGCCUCAAGCUCGCCGUAACCACGCAACGACAGUGAUAGGAAGGAAGAUGAUCGUUGUUGGUGGUGAAACGGAUAAUAGAAAGCUCAACGAUGUACACAUGCUUCACCUGGGAAAAUUGACAUGGUCCGAGCUUGGAUCAUCUGUAAUAACAAAACCUUCGCAACAGCUUCCACCGUGUAGCGGCCACAGCCUGAUUGCGUGGGGGAAAACUGUUCUCUUGGUUGGAGGAGAUAUGGACCUUGACACUGACAAAGUCACAGUUUGGUCGUUUGACCUCGAGACAGAACACUGGACUAAAGUCCAUGCGAAAGGCGACGUUCCCGCAGCACGGAGUGGUCAAACUGUAAGUCGUGCCGGCUCUAUUUUGGUCAUGUUUGGAGGCCAAGAUGCAAGAGGCCGCAUGCUAAAUGAUCUUCACGUUUUGGAUCUCAAGUCACUCAUAUGGCUUCCCUUGCUUACAAGUGGCAAAGGACCAUCACCACGGGCCCGACAUGUUGCUGGCAUGUAUGAUGAUCGUUACCUUCUUGUGUUUGGCGGUUCGACGAAGACAAAAGUCUCAAAUGAUCUCUAUGCACUUGACUUUGAAACUAUGGUGUGGUCUCGCCUAAAGCCAGGAGGAUGUAGUCCAUCUCCUAGGACGGGCAGCUCUGGCGUCCUUGUGAAUAACAAAUGGUACAUUACGGGCGGAGCUCAGCGUGGAACCAGAGUUGCUGAAACUAUAGCACUUGAUAUUCCCAAAAUGUCAUGGAUGAACGCUAUGAGGAGUUCGCUGGAUUCUGUUGCCAGUAAUCAGGGACUGAGCCUUGUUGUAGUUCAAAAAAAAGACAGGACUUUUCUUGUUACCUUUGGCGGAAGCGGUGCGAAAUCUAGGAGCAACGAGGUGCAAGUGUUGUACAUUGCAUCAGGGGAGCAAAGGGAAGACAAUGACAUUUUUCAUGGCAGCAACGGACGUACGUCACCGAGAGAUCCGCUUGUACCUUCUGCAGCUCACAAUGCUGUGAGCCCCACGAAUCAGCGCCCGACCGUCCUCUCUCGGCUUCUAGACUCUCCCUCCCCGGAAGCUGUUCCUGGUCUUGUUCCGCUGCGCCAGAUACACUCUCAGGCUCAUCAAAGUUACAAGGCAGGCGAGAAGGUUCUUAACGACAACGUUUCGUAUGGCGAAGAAGAACCCGAGUCGCCGGAUGCACACGACACCGUGACUAAGGAACCUCAGUCGCCACGCCCCGUGGAGCAGCACGAGACUUCCGUGGACGCCGACGUGAAGUGCGAUUCCGAUUCUCAGUCGGACGAGAUCGAAGAUGUUGGCUCGGAAGAGAUACUCAAAGAAAAGCUUGCAUUGGCGGUGAAGAAGAAUCUCCUGACCGAGGCAGAGCUCGAAGCAGUGCAGCAAGAAAAGGACGAGCUGGAGAAGAAGCUGAACCUUGCAACCAGGAGCCAGCAAUCCGCCGAAGCAAAGCUCGGCCUGGUAACGAGGGAGGUGGAAGGGCUGAGAAGAAAGCUCGAGGCGUCGGAGCUCGUCCAAGAAGAGUCCAACAGCCUUUCCAACAUCGUCCACUCUGAGAAUUUAAGGCUGGAACACGACCUCUCGUUUCUAAAGGCGGUGCUCGAGGAGACUCAAAAGGAGUUACAUUCCACUCGAGGAGUCCUGGCCAGCGAGCGCACAAGAGCCUUUCAACUACAGGUUGAAUUGUUCGAGUUGAAACAGACGCUACAAUCAUGAGCGCGACUAAACCAAUUUGUACAUAUGGUUUUUUUGACGUAUGGAAGGUUCUCUUCGGCAUUUAUAGACAAGUACUACGGUUGUUGUU